UGUCAGAUUUUGAUUUUGACUUUGUUAUGAUAUUUUCAGAGGAUUCUAUUAAAAUUGAAUAGAAAAUUCUACAAUCGACUUCUGACUUCAAGUUUUGAAGAGUCUAAGAUGCUUGGUCGGAAUAUAUUAUCAAGAGCCAUUCUUUUACGAACUCUUAAAAAUGCUGCUAAUAACCGUAACCAAAUAAGAAACGGUAGUCACGGAGUUUGGUCAUACAGAGUUCCUCCACCAAUGCCAUGUAAGAAAACUGUUUAUCAAGCUCAGAUACUUGGAGGUUUGUGCUGGUGGUGGAUUCUCUACCAUUGUGCUACUGAGCCAGAACAUAUUUAUGGCGAAUGGCCGUAUGUUGACCCAAGCACCUGGACCGAUGAAGAGUUGGGCAUUCCUCCUGAUUCAGUUGGUCCAUUGAAGAAUUGAAUUUCAAUAAAUUUAAAUUAUGAGUAGGUAGUUUAUUUUAAACCAUUCAAUAAAAUGUUACG